AUGAUGAACUUUCGAGAUGGUGAGAUGGUUCCUAACCGGAACUUCACCUCAGAGUUCCUUACCGACCCAGUCAACUAUCCGCCCAGUCCACAGCAGAGUGUUGCGAUAGCAAUCACUAUUGCGUUCCCUGCUGCUGCACUGGUGGUAGUAGUGACGAGAAUUGCUGGGAGGUUAUCAUCACGACAGUUUGGCUGGGACGAUGGCCUCGUGUGUAUUGCCAUGGUAUUCUCAAUCCUUGAGACAGCUGCAAGUUAUAUGUACAUAAAGACAAACUUCAUCGGUAUAUCCUUGAGGAAUAUCCCGCCACAUGACCCGACGCCUGGCGCAAUAUGGAACUAUGCGAUUCAGAUCCUCUACAACCCGAUCCUCGCCCUGGUCAAGACCUCGAUCCUCCUGUUCCUGCUUCGGUUGUUUGGACAGAAGCCAGGUGUGCGCCGCUUCAUCAUCUGGCUGAACACGGCCAACAUCCUCAACAUGUUCGCCAUUUUCUUCGCUAUCGUAUUCCAAUGCUUCCCAAUCGAGAAGAUAUGGGACCCAACGCGGCCUGGGUCUUGCGUCGACAGGCGUGUGCUUUUCGUCACGAGCAGUAGCAUCAACAUCCUCACGGACUUGCUGGUGCUGGGCCUCCCGCUCCGAAUAUUUCUUGACCUCAAAAUCCCACGCCGAACCAAGAUCGCACUGAUGGUGGUCUUCUUGUUGGGUUUCACGGUCACCAUCGUCGGCAUAAUACGGUUGGCGUUACUGAUCCAAGGUCUGUUCAUGCUGAUCGAGCUGCCGGACCCGACGGCCAACAUCGGCUUCGUGACCUCGGCCAUCGAGACCAACCUGUUCCUGAUCACGGCGUCGGCCCCGGCGCUGCGCCCGCUGCUGCGCGCCUGGUUCCCCAAGGUCUUCGGGCUCGGCCGCGACGAGGUCGAGGGCGCCACAGAGCGCCGGGUCAUUGGCACCACGGCGGCCACGCAGCUGCAGACGCGCCUCACGCGCAUGAAGAGCAGCAGGACCGCCCUGCGGAGCCAGAGCCCCACGCCCAGCGAGGACGACCUGGUCAUGUCGUACAACGGCAUCAUGCGCAGGAGCGACAUCAUUGUGCGUUACGAUCCCAGGCUGACGAGUCGUGAUGGGGAGGGCGGAGAUGGCAGGAUAGAAAAGUGGGUUUGA